AUGUCACUUACAUAUAACUUUAGUGGUAAAGUCGCCCUGGUGACCGGGUCGAGUUCAGGUAUAGGUGCGGCCACUGCCAUACUGUUUGCCAAAUCGGGUGCCAAUGUUGUGGUGACGGGACGUAAUGCCACAAAAGUGUCAGAAGUGGCCAAACAGUGUCUCAAUGUGUCUCCAAAAGGACUGAAAGCACUGGAAGUGNUUGUGGUGACGGGACGUAAUGCCACAAAAGUGUCAGAAGUGGCCAAACAGUGUCUCAAUGUGUCUCCAAAAGGACUGAAAGCACUGGAAGUGGUGGCAGACGUUACCAGAGAUGAAGAUCUUAUAAGACUUGUAAACACAACUGUCCAGACAUUUGGAAAAUUAGAUAUUCUCGUGAAUAACGCGGGAAUGGCUGUUAGAGUGGGUUUUGAGGACAAGGAUUAUAUGAAUGGAUACAAACAACAGCUUCAGACAAACUUGGAUUCUGUGCGGAAAAGUUAUUCGGCAUACAGUAUGUCAAAAGCAGCGCUGGAUAUGUUCACCAAAUGUAUUGCCGUAGAGUUGGGACACAAAGGCAUUCGUGUUAAUAGUGUUAAUUAA